AGGUAGCCCAGAGACAUGGAGAUAAAGAACUACAGCAGCAGCUCCACAGGCUUCAUCCUCCUGGGACUCUCUUCCAACCCUCAGCUGCAGAAACCACUCUUUGUCAUCUUCCUCAUCAUGUACCUGGUCACUGUGGUGGGGAAUGUGCUCAUCAUCCUGGCCAUCCACUCUGACCCCAGGCUCCACAACCCCAUGUACUUUUUUCUCAGCAACUUGUCUUUCACGGAUAUCUGCUUCACAACAGUCAUAGUGCCCAGGAUGCUGGUGAAUUUUCUAUCAGAGACAAAGGUUAUCUCCUACAUGGGCUGCCUGGUCCCAAUGUACUUCUUCAUGGCCUUUGGGAACACUGACAGCUACCUGCUGGCCUCUAUGGCCAUCGACCGGCUGGUGGCCAUCUGCAACCCCUUACACUAUGAUGUGGCUAUGAACUCCCGGCGUUGCCUACUCAUGCUAUUGGGUUCUUGCAGCAUCUCCCACCUACAUUCCCUGUUCCGGGUGCUACUUAUGUCUCGCCUGUCUUUCUGUGCCUCCCACGUCAUUAAGCACUUUUUCUGUGACACCCAGCCUGUGCUAAAGCUGUCCUGCUCUGACACGUCCUCCAGCCAGAUGGUGGUCAUGACUGAGACCUUAGCUGUCAUUGUGACCCCCUUCCUGUGUAUCAUCUUCUCCUACCUGCGAAUCAUCAUCACUGUGCUCAGAAUCCCCUCUGCAGCCGGGAAGUGGAGGGCCUUCUCUACCUGUGGCUCCCACCUCAAUGUAGUGGUCCUAUUCUAUGGGAGUGUCAUCUAUGUCUAUUUUAGGCCCCUGUCCAAGUACUUAGUGGUGAAGGACCGGGUGGCCACAGUUAUGUACACAGUAGUGACACCCAUGCUGAACCCUUUCAUCUACAGCCUAAGGAACAAAGAUAUGAAAAGGGGUUUGAAGAAAUUACAAGACAAAAUUUACUCAUAGAAAGAACAAAAUGUUGGCAUGUCAAAAUCAAGAGAUGACCUAAAAGGUUAUCAGCUUAUCCUUCCUUCCCAAUCAUUUUCUACAUAGCACUCAAAGAGGUCAUGAAAAGUGGCGUUGGAUACCAGUAAGAGAAUUGACCUGGGAGCAAAGCACUCAGUUGUCUUUUUUUUUUUAAUACUUUAAGUUCUGGGAUACAUGUGCAGAACAUGCAGGUUUGUUACGUAGGUAUACACAGGCCAUGGUGGUUUGCUGCUCCCAUCAACCCAUUAUCUACAUUAGGUAUUUCUCCUAAUGUUAUCCCUCCCCUAGCCUCCGAUCUUCUGACAGGCCCCAGUGUGUGAUGUUCCCCUCCCUGUGUCCAUGUGUUCUCAUUGUUCAACUCCCACUUAUGUGUGAGAACAUGCAGUGUUUAGUUUUCUGUUCCUGUGUUAUUUUGCUGAGAAUGAUGGUUUCCAGCUUCAUUCAUGUCCCUGCAAAGAACAUGAAUGCAUCCUUUUUCAUGGCAGUAUAGUAUUCCAUGGUAUAUAUAUGAGCCACAUUUUCUUUAUCCAGUCUAUCAUUGAUGGGCAUUUGGGUGGGUUCCAAGUCUUUGCUAUUGUUAAUAGUGCUGCAAUAAACAUACGUGUGCAUGUGUCUUUACAGUAAAAUGAUGUAUAAUCCUUUGGAUAUACACCCAGUAAUGGGAUUACUGAGUCAAAUUGUAUUUCUGGUUCUAGAUCCUUGAGGAA